AUGGCAGGCGACAAGAGCUGCCGCCACGUCCGCCAGGCCGUUCGUCUCACGGACUUUCGUCGGGAGCUCAAGAAGCGCAUGCACUUGCUCUGUGAGAUCUGCAUUGUACCCGCCACGCUAUCUCCAGUCGAGAGCUGGGAACACUAUGAGACUGCAACGGACGUGGUGGUGUGUGUAAGUUGUGCCUUUGUAGGCUGCGUACUUAACGGCCACUUCCGUGCCCAUAUUGAGAUGCACCCGAAGCAUUUUGUCGGUCUUCAGCUGGUUUCCAAGACGUUUUGGUGCGAACCUUGUCGCAUGGACAUUCCGAUCGACGUUCGGCCGAAAGUGGAGACAGCACGGCAGGAGUUUUGGGAUGCUGUGGAGGAAAUUGCAGCCAAGAAACGGCGCCAAUUGCGUCAUUUGAGACGCGGGGUGCAGACCAGUAUGUCGCCCAUCACGACGCCUGUUGGAUCGACUGCGAACGUGCUUUCGUCCCACGUUCUAGUAGAUGCUAGAGGUGGGGAGUUGAUGCCAGAGAUAAAGGGGCAGGAGCUACUAAUCGACGGCGAAAUACGAGGACGUAGUGAAGAUGAACAAGAACUGAUUGGUGCAGCGGUGCUGGGUAUGCCACUGCCGACAAAAGCAAGGGAAGACAAAACGCGACGACAGGUGCUCAAGACAGCGGUGCGGACGAGGGAAGCUGGGCGAGACGUGACGAUUUCGACGAGUAGUUUGGAAUCUGCGAAUAGCAGUGAAUUGCCCGUCACAGUGCAGGGAUUUACGAAUCUUGGCAACACGUGCUACUUUAAUGCAUCGGUACAGGCGCUGCUGACAGUGACGCAUUACUUUCCGGAACACAUGCACAUUGACGACGUGCUUGAGACAACGAACGCGCCGAUUACUACUACUUUCACGAUGCUGCAUGAGACAGUGAAAAAGCGUGCGCGAAAGGCACUUACAGGCGAGUUGGCUGUGGAUCGGCCUGUGAAAGUCGAGAGUAGUCGGUCACGCUCCGGGUCCUCUUCGGUACUGACUGUGGCACCGUUGCUCAAGGAAAUGCGUAAGAAGUUUGUGCAGUUUCGUGGUCAUUAUCAGCAAGACGCGCACGAGCUGUUUGCCAGUUUUCUUUGGGCAAUUGAUGAGGAGAUAGAUCCUCCGUUGUUGCGUCCUGACGAGGGACCUUCGAUGUCUGCUUCUGUCGACAACGACACGAGCAAUAGUUGCUGUUCAACAAACUCAUCUGACUUUCCAGAUGAUGACGGAGAUGAUUCCUCUUGUCGUCAUGGGACGUGGUCGAUAGACAACACGGUAGAGAGUGAGCAGAUCGGAGAGUACGUACAGGAUACAGCGGAGGGAGAUAGUGAGAGCGACGCAGAUUGCUCGGAGCAAGAGGAAAUGAAACAGAUUUUUGUGAAGAGAGAGACUGGCGAGACGAUCUCGAUGCAAGUGCCGAAACAUGCGACGGUGAAGGAUGUGCAGCAUUUGUUAGCCAAACGACUCAACCUGAAUGAAGACGAUAUGAUGCUGAACGCAUCUAAGGCUGACACCCGCGCCACCCUUUCUUCGCGACCAGGUGCUGCUUCCCACGGUCGAGUUGAAAAGAGGAAGAUGUACUCGAGGCUGAACUUUACGCGAAACUUGUUUGGCGGGGCACUCACGACAGCUGUGACCUGCAAGGCGUGCAGCAAGCGAACGGAGAUCGUGGAAGACGCAUUUCAUAUAAGCGUGUCAGUGCCCGAUCGACGUUCGGAAUUAACGACUGCGGAUUGUCUGAAUAAUUUUGUAGCCGAAACUCAAUUGCUGGUGGAAGCCAACAACGGCUAUGAAUGCGAGGCUUGCUCAAGGCAGCCGAUGGUGCGCAGCGCGGCGGGUCGAUUUAUACGCAAGAAACGUCUCGGUCCGAAUGCUGAACCUGAAAUGGAAGUGGUCUUGCGCGAUGCAUCGAUGCAGCUUUUUGUAUCGGCGUUACCUCGUGUUCUCGUGGUGCAUAUAAAGCGUCUGGCACGCUCCCGAAAGAUUACGCAGCAUAUCGCUUUUGACGGCAAACUGGACAUGACUCCUUACGUGAGCGAUACACUCCGCCAAGGUGGUGGAGAUGCGAAAACGCAUUUGCUUUGUUACUAUCUUAUCGCAGUUGUGGUGCAUAUGGGCAACAAACGCUCGGGCCACUAUGUUGCAUACGUCAGCCGGUCACGCCGGCGUGAGACUGUUAUUGCAGCUCGUGGACGCAGCCGCCUUGCUUCAGAAGGAGGUGGCGCUGCAGUUCCCGAGGUGACAACGCCUAGAAACAAGGAUGGGUUGUCGAGGACGUGGUACUAUGUCUCGGACACACUCGUCAAACGUGUGUCCUUUGAACAAGUGUUGCAGUGUGAAGCAUACAUGCUCUUCUAUCAGCGCCGACCGAAAGCGUCUGCUAGCAGAGUGACCCCAGCAACUUCUCCAACAGCAGAAGUGGACCGAACGCCAAUUCUAUCGCAUGGUGAAGCUGGUGGAUGA